AAACCCCACUCCAUAUCUUAUAAGUCACACCACAUGCACAAGAUGUAUGUAUAUGUUAAAUAGAUACGUGUGUACUUAACUUAAACGAGUCGUAACACAUUCAUGGAGGCGUUGCUCUGCUCCGAGAUACUCAACAACAACAUCAGAAGAUCCUCUUCUUCUUCUUCUUCAUAUACAUGGCCAAUAAGCAUGCAUGAUAUCCUCCUCUUCAUCUCCCACAACCAUGGACAGAGACAACAACAUUCCUAGAUUCGACUGGGAUCUCUCCUUCUCCGCCGUCGUGUCCUCCCCUUCCAUUGGAACCGACGCUAUCGGAGCCAUCGAGUUCGACCCGAGCGGAGAAAUCUUGGCCACAGGAGGGAUCGCAAGAAAGAUCAGAAUCUAUCGUUUAAACUCUUUGUUAGGGACGUCACGUGAUGAUGAUGAUGAUGAUCACGUGGAGAGUUGUAUCUGCACGCCGGCUAAGCUUAGCAGUCUCAAAUGGAGACCCGACUUAUCCGGUCGGGUUAUCGGGUCGGGAGAUUACGACGGGGUGGUCACCGAGUACGACGUGGAGAAAGGAGUGCCUGUUUUCGAGAGAGACGAGCACGGAGGGAGGAAGAUUUGGAGCGUUGACUACACGCUCCGCAACGGUUCAGCUUUAGGCGCGUCUGGAUCCGACGACGGAACGGUUCAAAUGUGGGACCCGCGGAACGGAGGGUUGGAGGAAACGGUUAGGCCCGGAGGUGGAGCGGCUGCGAUAUGUUCGGUAGAGUUUGAUCCGUUAGGUGGAAAUUUAUUAGCCGUCGGAUGCGCUGAUCGGAAUGCUUACGUGUACGACAUCAGAAGACUCGUUGACCCGAUAUUCGUGUUAGACGGUCAUACCAAAACGGUGACGUACGCUCGUUUCAUGGAUCAACACACGAUCGUCACGGGUUCGACCGAUGGGAGCUUGAAACUGUGGGAUAUAGCUAACGGACAGCUCGUGGUUCGCACGUUCCGAGGGCAUGUUAAUAGCCGGAACUUCGUGGGGUUGUCCGUUUGGAGGCACGGUGGUUUGGUUGUGUCUGGGUCGGAGAAUGAUGAAGUGUUUGUGUUCGAUAAGAGGUGGGGAGAACCGGUUUGGGUGCGUGGGUUGGGUGGUCAAACGGACCGGUUCGGGUCUGACCGUCGGUUUGUGAGUAGUGUGUGUUGGAGACAAACUGAUGAAGAUUGGUGCACGCUUGUGGCUGGAGGAUCUGAUGGGGUUUUGGAGAUUUUCUCGGCUUGAGAGAGAAAUCAAGAUAUGGGGAAGAUGACCAAAUCCGGAGAGAGACCAAAACAGAGACAGAGGAA